AUGGCGCCAUCUAAUAGAGCAGCAGCAGCUAAAGCGAUAGCUUUGAGGAUGAAAGCUGUGCAAAUGAAAAGAACUAGCUCUAAGGAUGCAGGGCCGUCAACCACACCUAAAGCUUUGUCUCCAAAGAAGAGGGUUGUGUCUGCUAAGAAGAAGGAGAUGUCCCCGAAGAAGAAGGUUGUCCAAACUAAGAAGAAGACUAGAUCCCCGAAGAAGAAGACAAAGGCUGUAUCAGAGAAAUCUGUAUCAAAGACCAAGUCUGGAAAUAGUUCUAAGUCUAAUAAGAUAGAGGAUGGUGAUGAUGAGGAAGAUCCUAAUGCAACUGGUGGUUUGAAGCUGCUAAGGCGAGGGAUGGUGACAAUGAAUCGCAUUACAAGGCGACUCAUCAGAGGGAGAAAGCUAACCAUACAGAUUAAUGAUAAGGGGGAACCUUAUGGUAAGGCUGCAAAAGAAAUGCAGUCUUACAUUGGGGUCUUAGCACGUACAAAGAUCUCGAUUGUCACUGGUGAUUGGAGAGACGUGGACCCUGAGGAAAAACAGAAAAUCUGGGAAUCUAUUAUGGAUGCAUAUGUGAUCCCUAAAGAAUGUAAGAAGCUGGUGAUUACCUCUGCUGCAAAUAAAUGGAGGGAAUUUAAAAGCAAAUUGACCAACAAGUACAUUAUCCCUUAUAUGGAUACCCCUGAAUUGCUUGAAAAUCCACCGGAUGAUUAUCGAUGUGUUAAGAAGGCUGAUUGGGAUAUCUUUGUCGCUGACAGGAUUUCAGCAAAAUUUCAGUGCCUAAGUAUGCUUUGGUUUGUAGGAACUGCGUGA